UCAGGGAUUUUAGCACAAUUUUCAUCUCUGUAUUUCAUUACAGAGAACAUUUCCAGAUACAGAGAAACUGGAUUAUUCUACCUAAAGAGUAGCUAGAGUAGAGAAAAUGAUGGUGAAAUGAAAACUAAUGAGAAAAAUAUAUGUAAACUGAAUUUAAAUGUGAGGCAUCACCUUUUUUAUUAAUGAAGGAUUUGAGAUGCUAUAUUUGAGAUAUUAUGACUAUAUAAACAGAAUUAAUGGAAUUUGACUUUCUCUUACCAAAUUUAAUUGUAUGCAUUUAUAAAUUCAUCUGUACUAUGUUUUUAUAAUGAGUAAAAAAUGCAGUAGAUAGGGGAGCAGUAAUCUUGUCAUCCUACUUGUGUAGCUUGAUGAUGAACGUAUGGAGCAAAUGUCAAAUAUGACUUUGAUGAAGGAGACCAUAACCACUGUGGAGAAAGAAAUGAAAUCACUAGCAAGAAAGGCAAUGGAUACCGAAAGUGAACUUGGCAGGCAAAAAGCAGAGAAUAAUUCUUUGAGAGUUUUAUAUGAAAAUACAGAAAAAGACCUUUCUGAUACUCAGCGACACCUUGCUAAGAAAAAAUAUGAGCUUCAGCUUACUCAGGAGAAAAUUAUGUGCUUGGAUGAAAAAAUUGGAAAAGACCAUUUCAGGCAUGAAGAAUAUCAUUGCUGAGAUGGAACAGGCAUCAAGACAGUCUACUGAAG